AUGAUGACCUCGAAGAAAGACACAAUGACGGCGCGCGGUUUUGAUGUGGGGAUGCCGCUUCAGGACAUUGAGGCGAGCAGCCGCUCCUUUUGCGCGUUGCUGGCGGAUGGCCAGGUGGUUGCUUGGGGCGACCCUGCAGCCGGAGGGGAUUGCAGUCAGGUGCAGGAGCAGCUGAAGGCCUUCCCCAUCCUUCAAAUGAAAGCCUCUUCUGCGGCCUUUGCAGCAGUGAACAGCCAGGGCCGUGUCGUGACCUGGGGGGACGCAGCCUUGGGUGGCGACAGCCGACAGGUGCAAGCGCAGCUGGAAGGUGUUGAGCUCUUGCAAGCCUCAGCGGGCGCUUUCGCAGCGAUGGUCUCCAGUGGACAGAUCGUGACCUGGGGAAGCCCUGAUUGGGGCGGUGCCCCUCCGGACGCGAACCUUCUUCGGCUCUCCACGCUGCGAGAGAAGCGUGCGCGGCUGGAAUGA